CGCCCAAUGAAAACAAAAUCCCACCGGGGGCUGCAGUAAAUUGAGAAGGUUAUUCCAUUGCCCCCACAGGAGAGCUCCAAGUCAGAAUCAUGCGGUAUUGGGGUACGGUAUCCUCUAUAAAUUGCUGUGUUUGUGGAGAAAGGGGUUCACUUGGGCCGCACUGUAUAAAAAGGCAUGGGGCUACGGCAAACAGGGUGUUGGCAUGUGCCACCUACUAGCCACAAAUCUCUGUGGGUCACUUCCGUGGAUGCUCCAUAUGACAUUGGGCUUCACAAUCUUUUGGUUGCCAGGGUUAUUGAUCUUAGCAACAAACAUCAUUUGUAGUUUUUCAUUUCCUGCCCCAUUUUCCUACAGCCCCGUGAAGUUUAGGCCCAGGUUAAUACAGACCAAUGGAGGUUGGGUUUCUGCCAUCUUGUUUCUGUGAGCUCAGCCCCAAUACACAAGCUCUCCCACUUCAUUUGGACUUGGGUUAAAGCACCAGCAAUGGAGCAAAAUGUAAAGGACCAAGCCCAGGUCACGAGGUCACUGAAUGGCAGAAAUGACUAUUGUCAAUAACAUCCAAGUCUCAGAUGGAAGUGGGUUAAGGGGGACACUCAUGUUACAAGUGGUACCAAACACUACAAUGAGGUUCAGGUUAGUUCUUAGAACAUGUCUCUAGGUACUGGUACUGGUUCUGGCCCCUUCAGUUCAUUCUUCUCCAACACACACACAUUAUAGGGAAGAUUUCUCAUUGUGGGGCCCCUGACUGGGUAUUUAGUGUACAAUGGAAUCCAGAGUUCUAGGUGUGCCAGCUUUCUGGGUUCAGCUCAGUUCUACAUGUACAACUGUUUCUCGGUCCAGCAAACUUCUAGGUGUGCUUGGUUCUGCUGGGUUGCAGGUGCAUCCAUGUUCUGGGUUCCUCAGAGUUCUGUGUGUAUCUAUGUUGGGUUCAGCUGUUUUUUAGGGGAACCGGUGCUCUGGUUUCAGUUGAGUUCUAGAUGCACCCAUAUUAUGGGUUCUAGGUGCAUCCUGUUAUGGGCUGAGUUGAGUUCUAGGUACAUCAAUUUUCUGGGUCCCAUUGGGUUCUAUGUGUACCCUUAUUCUGUGUUUAAUUGGGUUCUAGAUGCACCCAUGUUCUGGGUUUAGUUGGGUUCUAGGUGCAGCCAUAUUCUGGGUUUAGUUGGGUUCUAGAUUCACCCAUGUUCUGUGCUCCGCUGGGUUCUAGGUGCAUCCAUUUUCUGGGCUGGGUUGAGUUCUAGGUGCAGCCAUAUUCUGGGUUCAGAUGGGUUCUAGACACACCCUUGUUCUGGGUUCAGUUGGGUACUGACUCUAUGGAAUCUCUGGUCUCUCUAUAACAGUAUCAAGUAUCUCUGCCCCUCCCCCACUCAGCCCCUGAUACUAAUUGAGGGGUCGCAUGUCUGUCACUAGCUGAUUGUUUAAUAACAUCUCCCUCCAUAAGAGAAUAAGGGGGAGGGAUUGGUCAGUGUGCCCCCCCCCACUUCACUGCCAAAACUCGUUGGUCCAGGGGCCACGCCCACAAUAACUCCUCCCUCCUCUCUGGUUUGUCACGUGACUGGUUCAGCUCUGGGCGAUGUUUCCCCCCAAACCCCUGUCUGUGUAAUUUCGCUCGGUCGGUCCGUGACGUCAGUCCGGUGGUCACGUGCUGCGGUCAGUCAGUACCCAGAGCGGCCGGCAGGGGUCAGUGCGGCGCAAGUGAAAGUCAACUCGGAUCUCUGAGAGGGAAACUCGGGGAGGAGGAGAGUCCGGACUUCGGGAUCGCCGGGAUUGUGGCUCCAUUGCUCCGGGGAUGGCUCUGCAUGUCGGAUCCGCUCUGACUGACCUGAAACCGAAGUCAGACAGAGAGAAGGAGGAGGAGAGUGAAGAUGACAGUGAAGUCCUGGAGGAAAGUCCGUGCGGUCGGUGGCACAAGAGAAAGGAACAGGUGAACCAGGGGAACAUGCCGGGGAUAGAGAGCACAUACCUGGCCAUGGACACGGAGGAGGGGGUGGAGGUCGUAUGGAAUGAGCUGCAGUUCUCUGACAAGAAGAUCUUUAAAGCCCACGAGGACAAGAUCAAGAACAUGUUCCAGAACCUCAUGGUUGUAGAUCAUCCCAACGUGGUCAAGUUCCACAAGUACUGGCUGGAUGUCAAGGAAACCUCCGCUCGGGUGGUCUUUAUAACUGAAUAUGUCUCAUCUGGGAGCCUGAGGCAGUUCCUCAAGAAGACUAAAAAGAACCGGAAGACAAUGAACUCGAGGGCCUGGAAACGAUGGUGCACCCAGAUUCUCUCUGCACUAAGUUACCUGCACUGCUGUGAACCCCCCAUUAUUCACGGGAACCUAACGAAUGACACCAUCUUCAUUCAACACAACGGCCUCAUCAAGAUUGGUUCAGUCUGGCACAGAGUUUUUGCUCAUGAGCUGCCAGUUCCUGAUGACUUGAGGACUCCACUGAAGGUACAGAGAGAGGAGCAUCGGACUCUGCACUUCUUCCCUCCUGAGUACGGCUAUCUGGAGGAUGGAACAGCCGUGGACAUUUAUUCGUUUGGCAUGUGUGCGCUGGAGAUGGCUGUGCUGGAGAUUCAGAGUAAUGGAGAGAAGGUGUCAGAGGAGAAUAUUAUCCGGGCCGUGUUCUCAUUGGAGGAUCCAAAUAUGAAGGAAUUCAUUGAGCAGUGCAUCUCAGUUGCGCCAGAAAAGCGACCCUCUGCGCACGACUUGCUAUUUCAUCGGGUUCUUUUUGAGGUUCAUUCUUUGAAAUUACUGGCGGCACAUUGUUUCCUCAAUACACCAUACAUUGUACAAGACACUUUACUAGAGGAGAAAACAAAGCGAAUUGAUCAUCAGGGGGUCUUUGCCUCAGUCCCAAGGAAGGGCCACACUCUGAUCAGUUGGAGGUAUUCCCAGGUAUCCACCAUGGAGCUGGACAAGUUUCUGGAAGACGUCAGGAAUGGAAUUUACCCUUUAAUGAACUUCACAGCUUCUCGCCCUCAUAUGUUGCCACGGGGGCUGUCGCAGUCCCAGGAAGACUUACCUGCCGCAAAGACCCCCACCCCUGAGCCAAUGGAAGUGGAGACCAGAAAGGUGGUUCAGAUGAACUGCAGUCUAGAGUGCAAGGAGGACAAAGCUCGCUGGCAUAUGAGAGUUGUGAUACCCUGGCAUCGGAGCUGGUACAAUAUGGCUUCAUCAGUCAGGAGGAUGGUCCCAGGAUGGCCUUGUUCCUGGAAGAAGCUUUUCACAAGCAGGGAGUGUCUCUGCACUGACACUGAUUAGAGCGGGCAUGGUAUGGAGAGGUACUGCCCCGAAGACCAGCCCAAAUUCACUGAUCACAAGAGAGGAUUGGCUGUGUAUUCCCUCACCCUGGCUACUGCUUUAUGCCCAUUAUAUGCCAAUGUAGCACAAGGUGGGAUCCCCGGCUGCCAUAGUCUCUGUACCACUGUGAACUCUGCCCCCAGUGACUGGUACUGAGGCCUCCCAUGGGCAUCCAGCUAUGAGCAGGAAGAACUGGCACAGAGAGGGGUGUGUGGCCUUGCCAUGUAAAGAGACAUAUGCCCACGUGCCCAAACCUGCUCUGAUUUCUAUAUGAACAGAGAGGGGCAGAGACUAUUCACACCAGAGGCAGCGCCAGCGCAUUCAUUGUUAUUAUAGAGUGUGAGAGACGCUUCUUCUUACUGAAAAGGGGAUUUAUGCCCCACAAAGCUAAAUUGAAAUAAAGCAAAGGGCUUAUUUACA